CAAAAAUAGGAAUUAGAGGAAGGAGGUUACCGGACUAUUAGACUCCCAGAAGUUUCUUAUCUACAGUUUUAGGGAGAGGCAGCUCAGAGUGACUGGUUGGGUGUGGAUCCCCAAAUCGUCCCCCAUAGGCGCCUCAGCCACCUUUUAGGAGGUAUAUACCUGCUACCUGAUCCACCGCAGCGCUAAACCAGGUGUCUUUCCUAUCUACUUAAAGCCGUUCUUGCUCAUGCAGUGACACCUAUCAACUGACCUAUAAUCCCUAUCAACCAAUCAUCCACGUAUUCACUCAUACUCAACCCUUAUUCCACGUUAUAUACAACCUCCAAGAUGGCCGGCAGGAUAGUUAGCAGUACUGGUAUCAAGACGAUCGUGAAAAGUGGACGGCGCAUCAACGUCCAGUAUACGACCGAGACCGAUACGUGGAAGCGAUACCUACUCUCACAAGCUAUACAAGACGAUUUUGUCAAAGCUGUAGAAAAGGCCGAUAUACCUGCCAAUGCUACGACGGCUAUUAUGACUGAAACCCAGCAUCCUAGCAAGAUGGAUCAGUAUCCACACUUCACCACUGUCUAUCUGGAUGCCAAUGGAAACCACAUUACAACUAAGCAUGUCUACCCUCAGUAGUCAUGUACCACACCCCUGGGAGUGUAGAACAUUAGGGAAGGGGGAUAGGGAAGUCGUCUGAGAGAUGCGGGAGUGCAAAUGUUGGGUCGGAGAGUGCCUUAAAACUUCAUUAAGUUAAUUCAGCACAUUUCUAUAGCAGGCUCGGAAAUAAACGAGGCAAUCCAGGAAGUUUACCAGUGCUGCACGAGUUACGGGUCCAUAGGAAUUCGACUCCAUCAGAUUAGCUUAGAGCGAGGACAUUAGUUUCAAUAUUUCACAAGAAGUGCUUUAACUCCAAAGGAUAAUGCAUUAAAAUUGUUAGCAACAGGAGUCUUAUCCUCAAUCUAUCAUUUCCGCCGUUCAAUGCUCCUUGAAACUCAAUUUCUCUUUCUCCUGUUAUAAUUACAUUUACAAAGCUCGUUGCCCGAGCUACUUAAUUUUCCCUUUGAUAGUUAAUAGAGUGAUU